UGAGCUCAGUGUGUCAGCUCUGGGAAUGGUGUGUGACAGGGACACAAGUUGGAGGUUUGCUUUCACUUUGGGAGCUGGAAUCCUGCAAUGUCUCAUGGGAGACUAGCUGGUGUCUUACACCGUGCUGUGACUGAGGGACGUCUUUGCCCACAAGGUGCCUAUGAUCCACAAUUCACCCAUGCCAUACUCCUGAACAGAGGGUAUUGAGACGCCCUCCACCCAUCUGACUGCCCUUCGAGAGCCAUGCUUUUUACCCUAUGCUACGUAUAUCUGUGGCUGCGCUACCGAACCUGUUACGCUUUACUGAUAAGGAAUUGUGUGCGCAAGCUCCACAGGACUAGCUCAUUCACAUUCUGUACCCAGGUGCCCCAGCAUCAGGCCAUAAAGAGCUCUAGUGGACCCCCAACCUCAGGGGAAGACAAGUUUUGCCUGAAGGUGGGCAGCAAAGUCUUCCUCAUUGAGGGUUCCCAGUUGUUUGAAGAUCUGAGUAAGUGGAAGUUUCUGCUUGGAUCCAGUGCCGAUGGUGAUCUUGGAGUAGGAAGCAUAGCUUUCAUAACUGAGAGUGUUUCUUUACCCAGUGAAACCUUAUUCUUGGCUUCAGACCCCUACAAAAAGAUUUGCAAGUUGUCUGAAUAUUGUUUGCCCCUUGCGCUCUGUCAUGACGAUUCCUCAAAGCUGCUGGCAGAAGCCAGCAUUGACAACUUCACCGAGCUUGGAAUAGCGUUCAUGGAAGACCGUCUGCAGAUGGAUAAUGGCUCGCUGCUUCAGAAGAUUACCUCUGUGUAUCUGAAGGGGAUAUCCGUAAGUGAAAAACAACAAGAAACAAAGAAUGUAUCUUUAAAUUUGCCUACAAGAAGAACCACCCUCACAUCAAAUCUAACAACCUCACAGGAGAAGACACAACCUGAAAUGGGAAUGAGUGAAAGCACUGAAAUGGUUGCUCGAGAAUUAAGCAAUAGCAGCCCCUCUUUAAAUGAGCAGACUGAUCAAAUGAAGAAAGAGCAGGCCACCGGAGAACAUCGCCAUCUCCACCUCUCCAGCUGCCACGAAUGUUUGGAACUGGAGAAUCGUACAAUAGAGUCCGUUCGGUUUGCCUCAGCGGAGAACAUUCCCGAUCUCCCGGAUGAAUAUCUCAGUACAGAAGAUAAUUCAGAUCAAAAUUGGCUGAAAGAAAAUACAAGUCUGAAUGUAAGUGGAAAGCCACCGAAUGUGCUUAUAUAUGGUGGUUCCAAACAUGGAGAAGCUUUUCAACGAGUUAAGGAAUUAUUACUAAAUUGUUUCGAUUCAUCUAGAUAUGUUGUGUAUCCUAUUUCUGAUGACCAAAUCCAGCAAGCUCCUUGGAUGGAUAACUGUUUAUUACUGGUUGUAGUUGAAGGAGACAACUUAUCUGCUGACAUCCAUGGACAUUUCAUGAAGUACUUGUCCAAAGGUGGAAAGAUUUUAGGACUCUCCUCUUCCUUUACUUUUGGGAGCUUAACAGUAAAGCACAAAUCUGAACUACAGAGGUCCAUUCAGGUUCUUGUUUUCAACAGACCCAACUGCGAUCAAUUCAGUUUUGAUGUAAUGGUCAAUGGAAAAGUGUUUGAAGAACCAGUUGGUGGAAAUCAUGAUCGAGUAGAGACAUGGGGCUAUUUAAACAAUGGCAGCAAGGAUGUGAUGAUGAUUCAUCAAACCUAUGGAGACAGUGGAGGGGAAGCUAUUCUUUGCCAGAUUGAGUUGGAUCUCACACCGGAGAUGCUUACAGGUCAUGAUAAAGAAGUGUUUGACUCUCUCAAACUGAGCAACCCAAGGAGACAUGAAGUGCUGACACAGCUCUUGACGAGUCUUGGUCUCGAGUGUGAACUGAGCAGCCCACCUUCUCUAACACCUGUCUACCUGCUGACUGCAGAACCUGGCCUUCACCCAGCAGCUCUGCAGUGGAUCCAGUCAAGAACAGAUAAAGCAGGGCAGAUAAAGUCUAGCAAGAUGCUGCUCAAAGUGUGUUCAUCCCUACUCGGUGGAAUGGAAAUAAGCCCAUCUCUUGCCCCUCUUGUGACAGAAACCGAAGAUGUGUCAUUUGAAGACUUCAGCUUGGAAACAUACAGGGAGAAUAUCCGUACAGAGAAACUUGGGAAAAUUCUGCUUUUUGCUGAAGUUACCACAUCAACAUUUAAUCUCCUGGAUGGGCUGAUGUUUCACGAACCAAAGGAAAUGGGGUUAAUCGCGAUCGCAGGCCAGCAGACACAAGGCAAAGGUCGUGGCGGGAAUGUUUGGCUGAGCCCUAAGGGUUGUGCCAUGAUCACAGUACAUAUUUCAGUUCCUCUAUCAUCCUCACUGGGGCAACGCAUUGCGUUCGUGCAGCAUCUAAUGGCUCUCGCCGUGGUGGAGAGUGUCACAUCAAUACCCGGAUAUGAGGACAUUGAGUUAAAAGUAAAAUGGCCAAAUGAUAUCUAUUACAAAGACCUAAUGAAGCUUGGAGGUGUCUUGGUGAACUCAACGUUAAUGGGAGACAUGUUUCACAUAUUAAUUGGUUGUGGAUUCAACGUCAGUAACAGCAAUCCAACAAUCUGCAUCAAUGACCUCAUCAUGGACCAUAACAGGAGAAAUAACACAAAUCUUAAACCACUAAGGGUUGAUUACUUGAUUGCCAGGGCAGUAACGACUUUAGAGAACCUAAUGAAUGCCUUUCAGAAGGAUGGACCCAAUGGCAUUCUACCAGUCUACUAUAAACAUUGGCUACACAGUGGGUGCCAGGUUCGGCUCGGUAGCGAAGACGGCCCGUUGGCUUGGAUAGUUGGCUUGGACGAUUCAGGAUUUCUUCAAGUGCUCCAGGAAGGGAAGGAUAUUGUCUCUGUCCAUCCGGAUGGAAACUCCUUCGACAUGCUGAGGAACCUCAUUGUCCCAAAACGGUCUUAACCCCCGUACCAUUUUGUGGAAAUAUUAUUAAAAAAAAGACAUUCCUAAAAUAAAAAUCAAUGUUAUUACUUAUAACCUUAAAUGCUGGGCUUCCAAUACCAAAUGGGAAAACUAGUAUGUACAGUAUU